CCGGGCCUGGCAGCGGUGGGCUCGUAGGACCUAGUGCCGUGUCUGCCGGCUCCGGGGUGGGGGCUCCAGCGGCGAAGCCCCCUCCCCGGGGAGGCGGGGCCUGGGCGAGCUUCCGAGGUGGGAGCGGCGGCGGCCGGGAACGAUGCAUCAGAAGCUGCUGAAGAGCGCGCAUUACAUCGAGCUGGGCAGCUACCAGUACUGGCCGGUGCUGGUGCCCCGCGGCAUCCGCCUCUACACCUACGAGCAGAUCCCGGUGUCCCUCAAGGACAACCCGUACAUCACCGACGGCUACCGGGCCUACCUGCCCUCCAGGCUGUGUAUCAAAAGUUUGUUUAUUUUAUCCAAUGAGACGGUAAACAUCUGGAGUCAUUUGCUAGGUUUCUUUCUCUUCUUCACCCUGGGAAUAUAUGACAUGACAUCUGUGUUACCUUCGGCAAGUGCGUCCAGAGAAGAUUUUGUAAUUUGUUCUAUUUGUCUUUUCUGCUUCCAGGUCUGUAUGCUUUGCUCUGUGGGCUAUCAUCUUUUUUCCUGCCAUCGGUCAGAAAAAACCUGUCGAAGAUGGAUGGCAUUAGAUUAUGCAGGAAUUUCUAUUGGAAUACUGGGGUGUUAUGUCUCGGGGGUAUUUUAUGCAUUUUAUUGUAAUAAUUAUUGGCGUCAAGUGUACUUGAUCACAGUGCUUGCUAUGAUCCUGGCAGUGUUCUUUGCUCAGAUUCAUCCCAAUUACCUCACACAGCAAUGGCAGAGGCUCCGUUCUAUCAUCUUUUGUUCUGUUUCGGGAUAUGGAGUAAUCCCUACUCUUCACUGGAUUUGGCUCAACGGAGGAAUUGGUGCUCCUAUUGUACAGGACUUUGCACCCCGUGUAAUUGUGAUGUAUAUGAUUGCUCUUCUUGCUUUCCUAUUCUACAUUUCCAAAGUUCCAGAACGGUACUUUCCAGGACAACUAAACUACCUCGGAUCAAGCCACCAAAUAUGGCAUAUCCUUGCAGUAGUGAUGUUAUAUUGGUGGCAUCAGUCAACAGUGUAUGUCAUGCAGUACAGACAUAGCAAGCCUUGUGCUGAUUAUGUUUCACAUUUGUGAAUUCAGGUAUGGCCACCUGGUGAAUCAGUUGUUAAGCAAUAUAUAAUGGGGACUUGUAUACCCCACUAUUUCUAAGGUUCCCAUUAGUUUUUCCUUUUUCCUGUUGUUUAAUAUAUCAUGAGUAAUGCUUUAUAAAAAUAGAAAAAAUAUACUUGAGGAUUUGUAGUAAUUGCUUUACAGACCCUUAAAACUACUAAUUUGCUGCUUGUACAGGAAGUGAAAAUUAGUUGGCAAUCAUAAGAAACAUCUGAAUAACAAUGAAUGUGAAACUAGUGUAGAAAUAGGAUUCACUUUUCUUAACACCAGCUUAAUUUCCUUAGGAAGGGCUUAUCUCCAUUAAAAAAUGGAGUCAUCUUGUGUGAUUACUUUAAUAGAAGAUAUAUUCAGUAAAUUAUCCAGUUUAAGUGCCUAAUCAAAGCGAGGAUUGUUACAGCCUAAGCUUUAAUACAAGCUAGAAUAGUGAUUUUAAAUAAUCAUUAACCUUUAAAUACAUGGUUUGUGGGAAACUGGCACUUAAGAUAUUUCCUUCAGCUAUAGGUUCUUCUCUCUAGGAACACUGGAAUUUUUAGUUUGCCAGAGCAAACACUUUAAACUUCCUCUCCUUUAAGUUGAGAGAGGUGUUGAGAAGAGGAACAGAACUUGCAUUGUCAUUUUCUAUCAGAUAAGAAUCACGUUAGAAACAUAUUCCAUGAUUAGGCAACGAGUUCUGUGGUAUAAUAACCAAGUCAUUAACCACCCGAGCCUUUUAAUUCCAUAUAAUAAAUUCUUGUGAGUGGAAUGCAUUAGAUUUUUGAUCGCAAAAUCUCAGAAGAGCUUUCACCUCUGUGAAUUUGCAGUCCUAAAUUUCCUGACAGAGGUUGCCAACUUUAUGGGUGCUACUGUCGAGGCCAUAGAAUCUAGAUGGCCCUGUCUUGACCCUGAAAUGAAGCUGAACCUUAAUAAGCCUUAGAACAAAGUCAUGCAAAUGCCCCGUUUGAUGAUGUGGCUGUUCACCUGUGCUCUAGUCCUCUGUUUAUGCAUGUGUUAGCAUUGCAUUGAUAACUGAAAGUAUUGAUAAAUGCUAUCUAAUAUUUGGACCUGAAGCAUUAAACUUGCUCUUUAUUGUAUAUACUUAAAAAACAGAUCUCAUUGCCCUAUCAUACUUCUCAUUCUUUAGUCUAAGUUACAUCCCUUAAAGGAGACAUUCAUAAACACUUAUGCUGUUUAUUGGAAUAUAAAAUAUUACCCAAGUUUCUUAAUGAGUUGACAUGAACUGUUUUAAAUACUGGUGUACAGGGUACUUCAAAAGGUUUAUGGAAAAAUAGAAGGUAAUAUGAAUCUUUCCAUGAAAUUUUUGAAGACCCCUCAUAUUUCCACAAUUACUCAGUAUCAAAAAAUGUUGAUUAAUGGUGAAGCUUUUGUACAUCUGAUAUUAAGAAAGUUACUUUAAUGUGCCUCAGUUUGUGCAUCUGUAAAAUGUUGUGUUUCUUCCCAGUGUAGUGUUCUUGGAAUAUACUAAUAUCUCAGUGAGGGGAUUCUUCCUGCAGUAGGCUCAGUAAGGACACACUGAUGGAGUGCUACUUUGAAAAUGGCUAUUUUACCUCAUAAGGACACAAAUUUGUUCCAUAUUUUAAGUCUCUCAAUAGGAUAUAUUUCUCCUAAAACAUCCCUUAUUGGCGUAAAUGAUAUUAUUGCUUUUAAGUAGAUAUUUUGUCAUUUUGGCCAAAUGAAAUACACUAAUUAUAAUUAAGUUAAAAAUGAAAGGGAAGUCCAGUUAUGUUAGAGAUGGAACCAUUUUUAUAAUAAAAUCAUCUCACAAUAAAAAAAAUAUUGAUCCUUAAGUUUCAUUUUAUUUUUUUAAAUUCCUGGGUUUGUUAUAGUGUAUGGAUUAUUUAAUAGUUGCCAUCUGAAUUAAUACAUAAAAAGAGCAUACUGUGUUUUCUAACAACAGUUUCUUUGAAUUUAAAAGGCAUGUAGGUAUGACUGUAGGGAAAAUUAUCCCAUGUAAACAUUUCAGUUUUUUAUGAAAAUGUUAAAUAUGGUAAGAAAGCUAUCAUCUCUCAUUUUUAUCUUUGCUGUGAUGUAUUUAUUAUAAAGUAGGGAAUGAAUGAAUGUGGAUUGCUGUCAACUAUAAAUACUUCUGUAUGUCAGCAUUUACUGACCACGUACUGUGUGCACAGCACUACUGGUAAUAUUUUUAAGAUAUUGUUAACAUUAAAGAAUAUUUAAAAAUUUCCUACAAAUCUGAGCCUUGUAAUAAUGUAUAUUUAAGUUAUUUUUGUUUUUACAGAUUUAUUAAAAUAUGAUUAAAAGUAUACUCUUCAGCUACAGUACUAAAAAAGACUUUUAAUUUUACCAGUGUAUAAACAAUAAAAGCUCUUUACCUCCAGAUUUUACACAUACGUUUUUAAAUUAUCUAUGGCUGUUUUAAAUUGUCUGUAGCAAUUUAUAGGGUUGUCGUUAACUCAUUUAGAAAGUUAUCUUUCCAUAUACAGCCAUUUUCAAAUAUCAAGAUAAUGCUUUUUUUGUUAUUACACUGAGUGCAAUUUAGUAAACUGCAUGGCAA